AUGGAUUAUAGUAUUAAUAACAAUAUCAAUAAUAAUAGUAAUAGUAAUAAUAAUAAUAAUAAUAAUUUUGAAAUCAUUUUUUAUAAAGUUUUUCAUAAUAAAUUUUUAUUAAAUUAUAUAAUCAAACAAAUUCAUAUUAAUGAUUGGUUGAAAUAUAGUAAACUCGAUAACAUUAAAUAUGACCAAAGAAAGAAAUUUAAAGAUAUAGUCUCAUUGAAAUGGAUGCUAAGCCUGGGCCAAUACAAAUUAUUAAAGUGUAAAUUAGAAGCAAACGAAUAUCCACUUCAUAAAUUAAAUGAAAGAUUUCUAGAAAUAGUUUUAAACAAGCCCUAUUCCGUCCAAGUAUUACCCUCAACAUUACAAUUAGCUUUUAAAAAAUCAUCCAAAGAACAAAUAAAAUUAUUAUUAGAUGCAUUCAUUUCAAAAAAUAGCAAUAUUAAAUCAAAAAGAACUAGAGAUCAGUUUGAAAAAGAAAAUAAUAAUAAUAAUAAUAAUAAUAAUAAUAAUAAUAAUAAUAAUAAUAAUAAUAAUAAAUAUAAAUAUCAGACCAUUCAAUUGGCACUAAAUAUUUCCGAUAUGUUUCAAAGAGAUAGAGUUCUUCAAUUAAUACAAAGUGAUCCAAAAUAUUUUAAUUCAGCUCCAUUAGAAACAUCAACAAUUCGUCCCAACAUACCAAAACCAUCCCGCUCACCUUAUUUACCAACAUUUUCGUUAUCAACAGAACAUGAAGCUUCAGAAAAAAGUUGCCAUUUUCCAGUUGAUUACAAUGAAAAAAUCAAUUUAAUAAAUUUAUUGUUCAAUAUUUUAUCAAUAGAAAAUCAAAAUUUUUUAUUAGAACUUGGAUAUUUUAAAAUUCCACCAGAAUUAGAGCCACAUAAAGAUGAAAUCAAAACGAUAAUAGCCAAUAACAACGGAAAAGACAGAGUUUUAAAAAUAAUACAACUUAUAAAAAAUAUGGAUGCCUUUUUAUUUCAAAAUUUUGUCUCAAAGUACAGGGAAAUAGAACUAAAGUCUUAUUUGCUUCUAAAUUUAAACAACUUACAAUUAUUUUUGGAAACUAAUAAAGGUGACUGGAGGGGCAUUUACAGUGACGAUAUCAAGACAGUCAAAUAUAAAGGUAUAAGAGAAUUCAGUAAAAAAGCAGAAUUAUUACAUCUCGAUACCGCAUACUUGAAGUACUAUGCGAGUUUAGAACAUGUAAACCAGUGGUUUUCAGUUGAUUUUAUCGAUAAAAUGGUGAGGAGUAGAUUAGAGUCACUUCUCUCGAAAGGAAAUGAUGCAUUUUCUAAAUUAAUUAAAUCAAUACCAGAAUCAAGGUUUACAAAAGGUUGGCUAGAAAUUAUAAAUUCAAAUUCUAUUGUCAUAGAAUAUCCCAAUCUUUAUUUAACAGAUACCAAAGCCAUUGAUAUAGUUAUAAAGAACAAAGGUCUAUUCAGUGGAAGUCCCGAAACCAAAUUUAAAUUUUCAUCUUUACAAAUUGUCAAUUAUGCAUCAUCAAAGAAGGAGCCUCUUUUCUAUUUGCAAAACCAAGGAAAAGUUUAUUCGCUACCACUUUUAAAUGCUAUUUACAAUUGUGAAAUUGAUGAAUUAAACUCUAUCCAAUCCAAAAUAAAUAACUUGGAUGAAAUAGGUCCACAUUUAUCAAAAGAAAGAGUUCUGUCAAUAACCGUUAAAGGUGAUGAUUACUGUGAAGGAGCAAUUAAAGUAAUCAACACAUUGGCUGCUGGUACUAAAAGUUUCCCACAAAUACUUUAUUAUUCUUUAAGGUUUAUAACAUCAACGACAUUGUUAUCUGCGUCAUCACCACAUAUUUCAGCAAUAGUAUCACCAGGUGCACCAAACAUUUUAAUUAACCAAUUGAAUUUAUACCAUUGGACUAAUGUAUUUAUCAGAUCAAUUAAAAGUGCAUCAUUGAAAAGAAUAAAGUUAUUUUUAGAAAUUGAAUUCAACCCAAUUUUAUACAAUACAAAUUAUUUCGCAACUAAUUGGACCAGCUAUACUAUUACCAACCGAAACCUUUGUAGAUAUCCUUCUAUCGAACUUUUUAAAUUCCCAGAUUAUGGUAAAAUAAAUAGCCCCUAUUUUGGAAGAUACCAACCCAACAAAAGGACUCCGUAUAAAAUUUUAUCAAUUAUAGAACUAUUAAUUCAAGACUACUUUAAAGGUGAAGCCCCAUCUAUCAACAAUGAAGGCAAUGUAAUUAUAGAAAACUUACAAAUGGUAAUUGAUAAUUUAUAUUCAACUCUAAUUAAAAUUGAAGAUGUACCAAUAAAACUUGUAUUUUCAGCAUAUCAGUAUAUAAAUAGCUCCAGAGUUUUUAGAGUACCAGACUCAACACUAUUUUCAAUUUAUUAUCUUUCAAUGAAAUCGUUAAAAUUUAUAAAAUACAUCCGAGAUCUACCGCUAUUAAACAGAAAUUUCUCUAUUGAAGGUUAUCAAUAUUGGGUUCCAUAUCAAAAUGGUGCCAAUUCAAUCGCUUCACCAAAUACAUUUGAUAUAAGAGAUUAUCUAAAUCCAGAAGUUUUCACCUUAGAGUUUAUAUUUGGUUUAAAUUGUUUUCAAACAACAGGAAAUUCACAUUUAAAAACAUCAUCAAAUUUUGAUAUACUGAUGGAGGAGUUGGUCCAUCAAUUGUCAUAUGAAGCAAUUAAAAGCAUCAAGAAGGGAUCAUUUCUAAGAGAACAUAUGUACAAUGAAUUUUUAAAAAAAGUACUGAACUAUAGUUUAGAGUUUUUUUUGGAUAUUAGAAGACCAGAUCUAUUUACAAAACAUUUAAGAAUUAUUCAGUUCUUUAGAAGUGGAUUCUCAACAAAACUAAUCAAGCAGGCUCUAGACUAUGGUAGCGAUGUUUAUGGAACCUAUUAUGUACUUGAAACACUACUAGCAAGUCCCUUUGAGCUUUUAAAAGAAAGUUGGCCAAAACACGAAACUCAACUGGUUUUAAAUCACUACAAAAACCCAAAAGUCAAAAGAUUUAUUGAAAUGGACCCAAAUUAUAUUCAAGAUCUUGCUUUCAGAUAUCCAGAUGAAAUCAUUUCAGAUAUUUCAAAAUCUCAAUUUUAUUUCAGUGUAUUAUUAAAUAAUACAGACCAUCUAAAACCUCACUUUAAUUCAAAUGUAAUUAGAUCAGUUUUAAAUAGACAUAUUAAUAGUAUAACAUUUGCAUCUACAGAAUUAGAAUCACUAUGCGAUUUUUUCCAACUGGAUCCAAAACCAAAAACAAAACCAUCAAAACAACAAGUUGAUGCGCUAAUAUAUUUAGUUAAAAUCGAUUAUUUAAAGAUUUUAUAUGUAAACAAUUUAUUUAAGUAUAACACAGCUCUAUUAUCAUAUUUAAUUUCAAAAUUAAAACAACAUUCUGAUUAUAAAUAUUUAGAUUGGGUAAAAAAAAUAAAAUAA